CCUGGCUGUCAUUUGGCUCUCAAAUAUUCAUUUCUACAGAGAAGACAAAGAAAAACAAGAAAAAGUGCAAAUAAUUAAUAUUUUUUUUGUAAACUCCAAAAAUUCGCCUCCACAAAUAUUCCCAAAAGAAAACUUCAUAAAAUUCUGAUUUUCCAAUUAAAUCAAUCCAAACACAAAGUGCUAUCAGAAUUUAGCCAAAAACGAAUAAAUUCCCAUCCCAAGUUUCAUAAGCGCUCUCCAAAAAAGAAAACGAAAGAAAAGAAGCGAAUUUGCGUCGCAGAGAAUUAUUAUUUUGUUUUGGUUGUGGAUUUGCAGUGGUUGUUUUUAAACAAAGAAAUUUUCUUCUUUAACUCAGUACUCAGAGCUAAGCAGAGACAGGGGCGCUCACUGGAUAACAAACGACGAAUUUUUACCUUGACUAAGACUAAAUAAUACUCGGCUGAAGAGAAAAUGCUAGACUUGGAAGUUGUUCCCGAAAAGUCACUAGGAUGUGAUAGCUGGGAAUUUGUCCUGGGCAUGCAUUUCUCUCAAGCCAUUGCCAUAAUUCAGUCGCAGGUGGGGAUAAUCAAGGGCGUGCAAGUACUGUAUUCGGACACAAAUCCACUGGGCGUGGAUAUCAUAAUAAAUUUGCCCCAAGACGGGAUUCGAUUGAUCUUUGAUCCUGUAGUGCAGCGACUGAAGACAAUCGAGGUGUUUAGCAUGAAGCUAGUGAAGCUAAAAUACGGCGGAGUGUUCUUCAACAGCCCCGAAGUGCUUCCCUCAAUCGAACAGAUCGAGCAUUCCUUUGGAGCCACACACCCAGGUGUGUACGAUGCAGCCAAGCAGCUAUUUGCCUUGCAUUUCAGAGGUUUAAGCUUCUACUUUCCGGUGGACAGUAAAUUGCAGGCUGGCCAUGCUCACGGGAUGGGCUCGUUGGUGUUUCUCAAUGGUGCUUCGCCCGUGGUUUCAAAGAUGUCAUUGUACUCGGGCAGUAAUGUGGCCGAGAAUAGACCUCCGCCUCUGCCGUUGUCUUGCUACAACCGACAGCUGCACCUUGAAUCGGCUUCUGUGUUGCGCAAUCCACUAGGUAUGACGCGUGGGCUAAAGCUUAAGCUAUUCACAGAAGGCUCUGGCCGAGCUCUCGAACCCCGCAGACAAUGCUUCACCAAGGAAAUAAUAUUCGGCGAUAGUUGUCAAGAUGUGGCCAUAAACCUGGGCGCCCCCAACAGAAUUUUCUUCAAAAGCGAGGACAAAAUGAAGAUCCACUCGUCGAAUGUGAAUCGCCAAGCGCAGAGCAAACGCAGUGACAUUUUCUUCAACUAUUUCACACUCGGCAUUGACAUACUCUUCGAUGCACGCACCCAGACCUGCAAGAAAUUCAUUCUCCACACAAACUACCCUGGCCAUUUCAACUUCAACAUGUACCAUCGCUGUGAGUUCCAGUUCCAAUUGAAGCCGGACAAAGUUUUGGAUGGAGAUAAACAAAUGUCGUCACAAUCAGUUCCCAUUACAGCUUAUUCGAAGUGGGACGACAUCAGCUCGUCGCUGGUGCCAUCGGAAAGGCCAGUUGUCUUGCAUCGUGCCAGCUCAACCAACACAGCAAAUCCAUUUGGGUCGACCUUUUGCUAUGGCUACCAAGACAUCAUAUUCGAGGUCAUGCCCAACAAACACAUCGCAUCGGUGACGCUGUACAACACGUCACCGUCCAAGCAAAAGGAGUACCUCUGGCAGAACAACAAAAUGCAGGACAUUCGGCUUACAGUAGCGUGAAAUUUCAAAAUUCAAUUGCACUCAAAAUCGAAAAGAAAUUCGAACGACCCUGACGGCGACCCUAACGGUGACCGCUACCGCUACCGCGACUCCGACGACGACGAUGUGACACAGUAAACAUGGCCAAAUAUAGGCAAAACUAACUCUUAUAUAAAAUACAUUAUAUAUAUAUAUAAAAUAUUAUAUAUAUUGUUUCUACACAAACCCACAUAACAUACAUAUGAUAAUGAUGAUCUAUUUUUUAAACAAUUUCCUAUACUUAAGUCCUUAAAAACAAAAAACAAACAAAAAAAAACAAAAAAGUAAAAAGAAAAACAAUUAAAAAAUAAAUUUAACUGUGUUUUUGUAUUUUUAUUUUCCGAUUUUAUGUGAAGAAGUUGUGUAUUAAGUAGUGUUAUGUUUAGAUGUUCAUAUAAAUACAAUAGAAAGUAAUAAUUAAUAAAGUAAACUUCUGUACAUAUGAAAAACAACAA